GAUAUACUUCAUGAACUUGAAAAUGAAACUAAUGCUAAUUUAUUUUAUAAAUAUGUUAAAAAGGAUGUUAAAAAUAUGGGUAUAAAAUAUCCAAUGGACUUAUUUACUAUAAAUUCAAAACUAAAGAAUAAUCAAUACACAAGUUUAGAAGAAUUUGAAAAAGAUAUUCGUUUAAUAUUUCGCAAUUGCUAUACAUAUAAUAAUGUUGAAAGUGAAGUAUAUUGUUCAGGUGAAAUAUUGGAAUCUAUUUUUAACAAAAAAUGGAGUGAA